AACCGGGUCGGUGCCGGAUCAUGGAGGAUGAGUGGCUAGUUGUAGAUCCUAACGAGAAGCCUAUCUACAGGGAAACUCGCCAAGAGCCUUGUGAAAGUCUGGUGGCACUCAGAUCUUCAAGUUCUGAAUCCAAUGAGAUUUUCCUUGUGGAAGAGGAAGAGCCUUGCAUCCCAGAGCCUGGAAAACGGGAGAACCCAAGAAGAGCCAAUUUAGCAGGUGAGGGACUAGGCAGCGAGGAGGAGGAGGAGAGUGAGGAGGAAGAUGUUCAACAGCGGGACGGUCCUAAGGUGGUGCAGCUGGAUGGCAGCAUGGUUUCUGGGGAAUGUAAGCGCCUCCGCUGGAGGGUGGUGCAGCAGGUUGGCAGUGGCGGCAAGGUUUUGGCGGCAGAGGGGCCGCCCAUCAUGGUACUGCAGAAGGGGUACGAAUGCGAGGACUGUGGGAAGGUGUUCAGUUGCAGCUCGCACUACAGCAAGCACCGGCGUACGCACACGGGGGAGCGCCCCUUCCGCUGCGGGGAGUGCGGCAAGAGCUUCAACGUCAGCUCCAACCUGUACAGGCACCAGCGGGCCCAUGCCAAUGCGAAUGCAGUGCCGGUAACUUCCACAGCUUCCCUGAUCCCCUCCCGCGGUUUGCCUUACCAGUGUGCUGACUGCGGCCGGUGCUUCCGCCGCAACACGGAGCUGGUGACCCACCAGCGCCUCCACACCGGCCGCCUGCCUUUCCAGUGCAGUGACUGCGGCAAGAGCUUUUCGUGGAGCUCCCACUUUGCCCGGCACCUGCGGAUCCACACUGGCGAGAAGCCCUAUCCCUGCAACGAGUGCGGCAAGCGCUUCAGCCGCAGCUCCCACCUCUACCGGCACCAGCGCACCCACGGCACCAACGCCGCCGCCAACGUCACCCGCGCCUACAUCUGCACUUACUGCGGGCGCAGCUUCAGCACCACGCUGCACUUCGACCAGCACCAGCGCACCCACCGCGGCCGCAAGCCCUACAAGUGCACCCUGUGCGGCAAGGCCUUUGCUGACGGGCUAGCCUUGGUGAAACAUCAGCGCUUGCACUUAAUGGGGGGAGACCAACACCACCAGUGCUCGGAGUGUGGGCAGAGCUUUGGAGGGCGGUCGCAACUGGCUCGCCACCGCCGGCUCCAUGGCACCGCCGACAAGCCCUAUGGGUGUGGCGAGUGCGGGCAGAGCUUCAGCGCUCGGACCCAGUUGGCCCAGCACCGGCGCCUGCACAUCUCUGCCGACAAGCCGUACCACUGUGGGGAGUGUGGGCUGAGCUUCACCUGGAGCUCCCACUGGGAACGGCACCGGCGCAUCCACACUGGGGAGAGGCCAUACUCCUGCGCGGACUGCGGCAAGCGCUUCGGACGCACCUCUCACCUCUACCGGCACCAGCGCACCCACGCGGGCGGCCAGCCUCAUGUCUGCCCGGACUGUGGCAAGAGCUUCAACAGCACCUUGCACUUCCAGCGUCACCAGCACACCCACCACCUCGACUCCGAUGGGGGUCAGCUGGCCUCCCAUACUUGUGGAGACUGUGGCAAGCUCUGUGCCGACGCGUCGGCCCUGCUCAAGCACCAGUGCAUGCAUGCGGGUGACAGGCCAUAUCCCUGCCCCCAGUGCGGACGCCGAUUCCGUGGCACCGCUUAUCUUUACCGGCACCUCCGUAGCCACGCCCAGCGGGUGGAAGAGACUAUGCUGAUACCAGCUUCUACAAAGUGUGAGGAUAUAGCACCGUGCUAGGGAGCCAGA